CACUUGCAAUUUUACUAGUCCCGUAAACAUGGAGUUGGAGGUGCAGGAAAUAGAGACCGAAAGAAGCGAGUCCCAACAGAAGAAGAAAAAAAAUCUGCAGCAGCGACGAUGGAAGCUGCUUCUUCUCAAAUAAUUCGGAGCUUCCAAUGCAAAAAGCUCUUCUCCGACGGUGGAUCACGCUCCAAAUUCAAGCCCCUGAUUGGAUCCCUAUCUUACGCCCGCCGCGCAAGUGCCCUACCCCGCUUGUCAAUUACCAUGCGCAUUGAAGGGAGUAGCAAGGAAAGUCCUGGUUCAGAGGUUAAGACUUCCUUAAGUUACACAGCUGACAAACCAACCCAACACAUGCAAGGGGCAGGGAAUUCAUAUCCCAUUGCAGAACAGGCUGGUGGAAAUUUAGGGACAGAUGCAUCGGUACCUGUGGAGGGUAGCAUCCAACAGAAAAAAGCUGCAAAGAUACAUGAUUUCUGUUUUGGAAUUCCCUUCGGUGGGCUUGUUUUAAGCUGGGGUCUUGUUGGAUUUCUUUUCUCGAGAAAUCCUACAACUCUAACCACUGGUGUUCUUUUCGGGGGUGCUUUGCUGGCUUUAAGCAUCUAUAGCUUAAAAGUUUGGAGGCAGGGGAAAUCCAGCUUACCGUUCAUCUUGGGGCAAUCAGCCCUUACUGCUGCCCUUCUUGCGAAGCACUUUCAGACAUACUCUUUGACGAAGAAAGUCUUUCCUACUGGGUUCUAUGCUGUUGUGAGUGCUGCGAUGCUGUGCUUUUUUACCUAUGUGAUGCUUUCUGGAGGAAACCCACCACCAAAGAAGUCCAAGUUGGCAACAAGUCCCCCAUGAUAGCUUGAACUUCCAAAUGUCAGACAAGAAGCCAAUCUUUCUGCAGUUCUAUCCAGAAACUGCAGUUUGACAUAUCUACCAAUGCUGCUUCUAAAUUGGUUGCGUUUCUGAUUGCUAUUGAGUCUAGCUGUGGUUCUGGGUCCGAACUUCGAACAGAGCCCCACUUGCAUCAUAUUCUGGUAGUAUAUACGUAUAGUAGAGUUCCCAUGAAAAAGAGAAAGGGUAGAAUAAUACCAGAUUGUAACAUUAUGAAGAUGCAGCAAGUGCAAACAGUAUGAUCUGAUAGGCUCUGAUGAGCUGAACUUGCAUGUAGGGUUGGGCCUUUUCAGCCCUCAUUUUGCCUUGAGGUUUACUCGUUGCUUCCUGCCAAAACAACAUAUUACUCAUGGAUUUGAUUGCCUCGAUGAAAUUUACUAUUUGAGGA